UGAUAGCGCUUGCCCAUGCCUUGUGGGUGUAACAUAACAGAGCAGGAACAAGCCAACUCAAGCCUCUGAGGCGAUUGACCUGAAAAAGCAGACUGUCCUUGGAGGAUUCCUGAAACAGUGGACCUGAUAUAGGAUGAGCUACUGUGAUCAGGGGAUCGUGUUAGCCCUGUGAUUGUGACUGGGUGGGUAUAAUCUUUGUGUUCUGUAACACAAGCCUCUGAUAAACCAGUUCUGGACAGACCUAACCAGCAGCCUCCUCUUGGCUAACAGGCUUGUAUCAGAAAGAUUGUUGACACACGGCUGGUGGCCUGUCUGUCUGCUGCCUCUGUGUAUGGCCAGUGGACAUUUGUCCUCUACUUCUAUUGACAAUCGUUUAAUGUCUGACACCUUCUCCACAUUGGUCAACCAUCCCCUAUCCCAGACAAGGCCAGCACCACAGUCAUGUCCCCCAAGCUAACAGGCAACUGUCAUCACUCUCUACCUAUCAGCCCUCCACACUGAUGCUGAUUGACUCCCUGUUACUGACUGCCUCUGGACAGACAGCCUGCCUUGUUUAAUUAAUUAGAGUAGGCUUGUGUCUUCUUACCUUUUGGUGGACAUCUGCGUCUGUUGAUUGGGAAAAUCAUUGGGUAUAUGGUAGAAGUACAGGACAUGCGACUGUUACCGCAUCUUGUGUUCUCCUGGCCUGAAAUCUGAAGAUCGCACUUGUCAGUUUGGAUCUGUUAUUUGAUCAUCACCCCCUCUGGUACUUCAAGGGUUGAGGACACAUUUUGGCAUCAAGAUCAGCUUGCUAACUUCUGACUGUACCUGACAGACAGUUUAAUUGCUGUGUCAAGCUCAAGUCCUCUGGGCAUGAUCAAUUACCGGGACAGCAUUAUGCCGGAUUCGCCCCCUGAGUCCAAAGUACCCUCUCAGACGACUACCUCGCCCACAUCAACCGCCAUCGCAGGGGUGGCUGCCAUCACACGCCCCCACUCCAGCGGAAGCACCAUGUCAGGUCUGAACGGCUCUCACUCCCCGCUGAGCAGUAUUAACGGACGCACCCCGUCCCCACCCUCCAUGGGCAGCACUGCCUCUAGCCAGCAACUUCCCCCAGCUUGCGGGGCCAGACAGCUCAGCAAGCUCAAACGUUUUCUCACCACACUGCAGCAGUUUGGCUCCGACAUCUCUCCUGAGAUAGGGGAACGGGUCCGCACACUUGUCUUAGGAUUAGUGAACUCUCAUUUGUCAAUAGAAGAAUUUCACGCAAAAUUGCAAGAGGCUACCAAUUUCCCUCUUCGACCAUUUGUUAUUCCAUUCCUUAAGGCCAAUCUACCCCUUCUGCAGCGGGAACUGCUACACUGCGCACGGAUGUCCAAACAGACGACUCAGCAGUACCUGGCCCAUAAUGAACAUAUACUGUUUGAUGCUAACAGUUCUCCAACGGAGUCCCAGGAUACACUGCCAUCUGACAUCAACGAGAACGGUAAACGCAGGUCGCCUGACAGACCUAAGGAGAAUGGUAUGGAUGCUCACAUGGAGGCGGCUCAUCCCGCCAAGCGACACCACCCUCUGAGCCCUCACAACAACAGCAGGGUUAGCCCUAACGGCACACUGAGCCUCAGCUCAGGAGGCCCCAUACGGUUAGAGGACAUCAGUCUGUCGAGAGAACUGAGGGAGCGCGAGAGACUGGAGCGAGAGCGUGCCGAGCGCGAGAGGCUGGACAGGGAGAGGGAAAGGGAGCGCUUUUACCCCACAGGCUUUGGAUUUUCACGGGAUCCUUACGAGCCUCUUGAUCGUCUAGAUGAUGACUGGAAGCACGUAGAAACGAUGCUGCACUGCAUAAUUGGGAUGGUUGACAAGACAAAGCGUGCGCUGGCAGUACUGCAGGAGCGCAGCCUGCGUGACCGUGAGGAGCUGUCCACGUGGAUGCGGCGCCACGCAGAAGGUAUGGAUCACGACAUGAAGAAACGCCACAACGAGAUGAUGGCGCACACACUGCGGCAGACGGAGGACCGGGUGUCCGAGGUCAAAAGACGAGCAGAGGAAGCCGUGAAUGAAGUGAAGCGUCAGGCUGUCUCAGAGCUGCAGAAGGCUGUGGCUGCAGCAGAGCAGAAAGCUAGUGAGCUUGUGGCAGCAGAGAGGUCAAAGAUGGAGAGGUCGUUAUUGGAUGCUAAGAAAACCGCACAAGAAGAGGCCCUAGCUACCAUUAAUCAGCAGGAGGAAUCAAGUGAGAGCUGUUGGAACUGUGGUAGGAAGGCAAGUGAGACUUGCAGUGGGUGUAAUGUGGCACGAUACUGCGGCUCAUUUUGUCAGCAUAAAGACUGGGAGAACCAUCACCACAUUUGUGGCAAGACGGCGGCAGCCGCCGCUGCAGCAGCUGCUACUGCAACCAGCACCACCACAUCGGCAGCAACCACCACCUCCUCAGACGCACGCGAGCAGCGGGCGGCCAGCAGCACAUCCUCGCCUAAUGGCACCAAGUUACCACGGGAACCAGCUCUGAGCCCUAGGCCCGCCCCCAGUCCAGCAAAUUCCUCAUCAUCAACGUCACGCUCAGAAUCACGGUCCAGCACUCCUGCAGAUUCCAGAGUGACGGAGAGUGGGCGUUAGCCAUGGACACAGGACCAUUAUUACCUUCGUGACUGGAGACUACACUCAGUGUAACUGACAUAUACUCGGUCUUCUGCAGGACUAAUCUAUUUAAUUUGUACAUAAGUAAAUUUGAGGGGCUGGUGCGCUUGAUCUGUACAGCGAUGGACACACAAGAUGACACAAUAUAGACCGAGAGAUAAACCAAUUAAGUGUCACCAUGAACUAUGACCCUAUCAUCUGUAGUCAGCAAGGGAGAGUACUCCGUUACGACUACUGUGUAACUGUCAAAGUCACUAACUACCUUGUCAACUUGUGUUUUGUGAUUCUCACAGGGUACAUUAUUAGUGUUCUUAUUGGCCUGUCCUAGUCAUGUGACAUUUUUCCUAUCCUGUGAUUGGCUGACAUAACUUGUGCGGUGCAGAAGUUUAGUGGAAAUGAUUCCAUCGGACAGUUCUAGUCAUGUGACAUAUAUUAUCCCAUGGAGUGCUGUAUGUAGCUCUCACCUGUCUGUGAAUCAUAAAUGUUUUCAGAGUUCACCACAUAAAUGUGAAUUUCAAGAAUGAAACAGUUUUUAUUUAACUCUAAAAAUGUCUUUGUCUGAAUGUGGUGGUUAAAGAAAUAGCUGGCAUAAUUUCGUUUUAAAAUAGGCAUAAUUUGACUAAAAUGGCAUAGAGAUUCUUGUCGUGUGGUAACGUGACGCAGGGACUUAAUUUAGGUAUAAUUUUCUUUUGUCCUGAUAGUGAUGAACAGUAAUUAUUAUCCUCGCACAUAGUGAAGUAGUUGUUCCAUCUAUUCUGAUAGCGGUAAACAUUUAUGGGUAAUGAUGAAUCUGGUUGUCAUCAGUAUACAGGUCCCAUCUAGUCCUGAGGAAUUUAUCUCCAUUUUGCCAUUCCUCAGGAUUUCAUCCAAAGCAAAACAAACUUUUCAGACAAAUUAAACUGAGAAUUCAUUUGACCAAUAAACCGUUCAAAAAUUUUUCGUCAAAAAACGGUAUAUGAAAGUCGAAUGCUGUGCUUUUUGGUCAGGGUAACAUAUAUACAUUUUUUCCUUUUUUUUUUCUUCCUACAAUUUUUGAAAGUGCAAUUCAGUAAAACUGUUUAUGAUUUAUGGUACAUAGGUUUAAUCAUAUUUUUGCCUUUUAUUUUGUGCAUAUCUCUCUUGUUGAUACAACAUGCUGGUCAUGGUUUGCAGUACAUGUACAGUGUAACAAUCGUUUCUUUCUGUUACACUUUAUUAUCUUGCAGGUUGUUUCUGGAUUAUGUUCGGUAAGGCAGAUUUUCUUGCCUGCCUUUGUUUUCUUUUUGUCUCUUUUCUUUACAUCCUUGAUUGAUAACCUCUUAAUGGCUUAUGUAAUGACAUUAUGGCAGUAAUACAUUUGCUCUGACAGAUUCUGAAUUAUUUACAUUGUAGUCCCCUUGAAAUUGUGUAGAGAGGUUUCACUGGCACAAGAUGUGCUGAUAUGUCUAUGAGGUAAAGGGCCCAGAUCUGGAUAGCAGUAAACUUAUCCUUCGGGUUUGUUUGACACAUUACCGGUAAAUGUAUACGCUGUUAACGCAGUAGACAUGUCGAAACAUGAUAAAUACUUUUAGUUAUAAUCAAAAUGGGGUACAAAUUGCGCUAUCUGCAUGAUGUUCUGAGAAAUCCAUAUAAUUAAGUGCUGUAUAUUCGUAUCUAAUGGCAACAGGGAAAUGUGCAAAAAGUAAAAGAUUCAGUUUUCACAGAAGACAAGUCUUCAUGUUGAAACUCAUGUGUUGUUGUUGUUGUUGUUGACUGUAGAUGUACAUGUACCUUGUAGAACGCCUGGAGGCCACGUACAUACAGGCUUUUAUAUACACCAGCUUGGGAGGAAGUACCAGCUCCCAGAAUGUGCUAAUCAAUGCUCUUGUCUGACCUUGUACAUGUCGAUCAUCUGGUGACAAUGGACUAGUUUUGUCUGUAGACCACCACUGGCUGGUCAUAGUGCCUAGACUUGGACUACCCUGGUGGUUACACACAUGUAGUGCACUGUUAACUGCUAGUCAUGGAGUCUCUCAGUUGUUCAUCCCUGUAAUCUCUAUAGUCAGGGUUUGACUUGUAUGAACGCGGUGUUUGCCUGACACCUCAGAUGUUGGUACUUUCAUUAUAAAGGUAUAUUACAUGCCACUGAGAUAUUUUCUAAUAAAACAUAACAAACCAAAUA